AUGUCUCUUCAGGAGGUCUGGGACGCUGCUGCACGCAGCCCAUUCGAACCGUCGAUCUCCAAAGACAGUCAAUUGUACACUGGGUUCGCCCUCGUACUCCUUGGAGUCGUUCUCUCUGGCCUGUUCGGCUUGAACAGAUCUUUGGGCGCACUUCCACUAUACGCGAUCCCAGCUUCUCUCUGCUUUGGCUUUGGAGCCGUGUACACGAUCUGCGGCGUGGGAGUGUACGUCUGA